AUGUCUUCUGCUGCAUUGCAGUCAGCUCAUCAGCCCGCCGCUAUACCUGCUCUAAAUACACCGUCCCCAGCUGCCGCCUCAUCCAACCGUCAGUCUCCUAGCCGUGACGGUCGAUAUGCUAGCCGCGAAAACGCGAACGCCUCCCCUGCAUCUUCAAGACGUCCAUCCCGACGACCGAGCGGAAACAGCGCGAACGCGACGAGUCCAAUCCCGACCUAUCAGGACCAAGCACAAUCAUCCCCGAUGACAUCAAGGUCAGCGCUGGCCUCGCCGGUACCCGUAGCAGGUACUCCGGUCGAGUAUGAAAGGUCAUCUUCGAAUCGACGAAGAAACGAACCCCCAGUUGCUCCUCCGCGAACAUCAUCUACGCAACAAGGAUCAUCUGCCGCAGCAAACCCCCGAAGGGCGGCCCGUGCUGAAGAGCGAGCAGCAAACUCCCCAAGACGAACAGGAGAUAGCAGCAGCAGAACGGGCGUAAGCGGACAGUCGGACUCGACACGACCAGGAUAUGACGACCCGAACUCCCGAAGUCGAAAAGCAGCAUCUCAACAUCUCAUGCAGGAACCUGCUCAGAGACCGAGUAGUAAUAGGGAUCACAGACAGACCGUGACGACUACGAUGCCUGUCAGAUCUGCUACGAACGCUUCCUCGAAGCAGCCGUCUCGGGAAGCCAGUGAAGUACUUAAUCGCGUUAUCGUGUCUCAGCCCGAGGAUGAUAUUGAGAGGGAACAAGAGCGCCUAAAUGAGGCCCAAGCCCAGUCCGGACACCCAGUUGCCGAUGAGGAUAGCCAAGCUAUCAUGGCCGCAAACGACGCACCCGAAGAGACCCGCCGCGGCGGUCGAAGUCGCCAUGACCAUUCUAAGCGCGAAAAAGGAUCAAAAUUUGGAGAUUAUUAUCUAGGAAACGUAAUCGGAGAAGGCGAAUUUGGCAAAGUGAAACUCGGCUGGAAGCAAGAUGGAGGCGUCCAAGUCGCUAUUAAACUCAUACGCCGAGAUAGCGUGGGAAACAACCCGUCCCGGCUAGCGAAGAUAUAUCGAGAAGUGGCCAUUUUACGUGGAAUCUCGCAUCCUAAUAUCGUUAGAUUACAUGAGAUGUCGGAAACGGAGCGUCAUAUCGGAAUAGUCCUCGAGUACGCUUCUGGUGGCGAGCUUUUUGACUACAUCCUCAACCACAGAUUCUUGAAGGACGGCCCUGCUCGAAGACUCUUCGCCCAACUUAUAUCGGGAGUCGGAUAUCUUCACAAGAAAGGAAUCGUCCAUCGAGACUUGAAGCUAGAGAAUCUACUUCUUGACCGAAACCGUAAUAUUAUCAUCACCGACUUCGGAUUCGCCAAUACUUUCGACCCAGCGGAUGAACUGACAGAAGAUGAAGAGUUGAAUCUAUCCGACCGUGAUUUUGUUAAGCGCAUUGGUCUAGAUAAGACAAAACCGAACGGGAUGCGUAGAGGUGAUCUGAUGCAAACAAGUUGCGGAAGUCCCUGUUACGCAGCACCCGAACUAGUUGUCAGCGACUCGCUCUAUACCGGCCGGAAAGUCGACGUAUGGAGCUGCGGAGUUAUCUUGUAUGCUAUGCUCGCGGGAUAUCUACCUUUUGAUGACGAUCCCGCCAAUCCCGAAGGUGACAACAUCAAUCUUCUCUAUAAGUACAUCGUAAACACUCCGCUCACUUUCCCGGAAUAUGUUACUCCUCACGCGCGAGAUCUGUUACGUCGCAUACUUGUUCCAAGCCCGCGAAAGCGCGCGGACCUAUUUGAGGUGGCUCGGCAUAGUUGGCUGAGUGAAUAUGCGCACGUUGUUGAAUUCAUCACCAGUAGUACAACUACAAGCAGCGAGAUUCAAAACACGACCGUGCCAACCGAAGAUGAGGAUGUUGGAAAUUUGGCAAGGAGCGCAUCUGUUAGAGAAGCGACGAAAAUUAAACCAUCUAAUGCAGCUCCAAGUGAUCCGGCGCGGAAGCAGGGCAAAGCCGAUGCAGAAGAGCAAACGUACGGCAAGCAGAAGGAUAAUAAGCGACGAACUGUACAGGUGGAGUAUGUGGCUCCUGUAACUCAGACACAGAGAGGGGGUGAACAGUCGGAUAUACAUGCGUCGCCGCGCGGAAAGACUCGGGCUCGGUCUUCCAGCCAAGGUCCAGUCGAGGUACAUCCUUCGCCUGCCGACAAGCCCCUACCAAGAGACCCACCGGUCUCGAGGGACGACUAUGCCACACCGUCUCGAGACUCUCGAAAGCCGCCGAGCACGUACCGGCGGGAUGCGCCGCCGCCGAGGACGAACGUACCCCGUACCGCGUCCGAUCAUGCUUACAUGAGCACUGCUGCCGCCGGCACAUCGGCUACGAGGCCUACUACUGGAGGCUCGAUGCAAUCGACAGCCUCCAGACUAGCCUCAUCUACACGAGGAUCGUACGGUCAACCACUACCCCCAGCCGUUGCCGGUACUAACGCUCAUGGAAGUAUACAACAACCUAAAGGUUCUAAGAACUACGCUAUCUCGAACCCGAUCCCUCAAGAAGCGCCCGAUAUGGAUUUCGGUCGACCUAGCAUCAGCGUACCUUCGAAAUUCGCGCAGGUUUCGGGCUUUACUCAAGGGCAGCAGCAGUCGGGAUGCGAAGCCAAAGGCCACCGCAGAUCUAACACUAUCGGCGAAAUCGGAGGUAAGAUCUUCGGUCGCAGUGGGUCGAUCUUUGGAGGUCGCAAGAAGCGUUCGGAUCAAGGGGACAAGUCAUCCAGGAAGUAUCCCCCGAUCAGUAUGGCGAACGCGGUGCCUGGCGACUCGAGGACUUCUAUGGAAUCUCGUGCUUCUCGAAGAUCCUUUUCUUUGGGACUCGGUAGGAAGCGAAGUGGUAGCAUCUCCGGGUCUCAAGCGUCACUCGAGAAGCCUCAGAACCGCCGCUUCUCUCUAAUGAGGGCGAUAGGCUUAAGCAAGGAACCUUCGACACCGCCCCCUGAGGCUUCGCAGCAAGAUCUACCGAUUCAGGAGCCCCCCGAGGUUGACGAAUAUAAUCAAUAUGUUGAUCCGCAGCACAGCUACUCUAACGCCGGACAACGGUACGGAGAUGGAACAUAUGAGCCUCUACAGUCACCACGGUUAGAGACGGUUCGAGGAGACCCGAAUGCUAGUCCUGUUCAAUCGGGAUUCCCGUCCAAUACGAGACCUACGGCAAUUCCUUCCUAUUUGCAGCAGGGUGCGGUCCUAAACUCAGAGUCCGAAUCGACAAUUGAACAACCACAGCGAAAGCCACAACACCCAUCCCCUUACCAGGUCGGUUACGACACCGACCAAUAUGAUGGGCGCCAGGGUGCGCGUGGAAGUGGAAGAGGCGUCUUACAGAAGAAUAGGAGAUUUGUGGACGCCUACGACGGCGAGGAAUACGGAAGACCUCACGACCAUGCUGGCAGUAGCGGCGCGGCGAAGAGAGUGAUGGACUUUUUUAGGAGGCGGGGCCGAGCACGAGGAGGCGAACCUUAA